CUGAGAUUAACGUCAUGAUUCUGAGAAAAAAGUCAGACUUCUCGGAUUAAAGUCAUUAAUCGGUAUACUGAGAAAGAAAAUCAGAAUUCUGAUUUUUUAUUUUUUUUUCCUAAUCUCAGAAUUCGGACUUUUAAUGUCAGAGUUCCGACUUUCUGACAUGAAUCUCAGACUUUUUUCCCCUCAGAAUUCUCUUCCCUGUCUUUCUGUCUGUCCGUGUCUUCCCCUCCGCUCCACCAGAGGGCUCUACUGGGAAUAUUUAGAUUUACAUCAGACAGGCAGAAGUAGGAGUCAAACACCAGCAGCAGCAGUAGCUUCAGUCAGAGUGUGAGUGUGUGUUUGUGUGAUAGAAGGAUAAAUCUUGCUGUCUGUAUUUCGCGUUUUUGCGAGUCGAAAUGCAUCCGGUGAGUGUUUCGAUUCCGUCGUUUCGUUCUGAAAACAACUCAAUCGAGAAAGGAUUCACGGUCUUUAAAAUCGACGUGUUGAUGAACGGCAGACAACAUGCUGUCGAGAAACGCUACAGUGAAUUCCACACUUUACAUAAAAUGCUAAAGAAGAGUAUAAAGCCUCCUGAGAUGCCUUCUAAACAUGUUAGAAACUGGGUCCCCAAAGUCUUGGAGCAGAGGAGACAUGGUCUGGAGCUCUACCUGCAGGCUAUAAUUAUGGAAAAUGAGGUCCUUCCAAAGAUAUUCCUGGAUUUCCUGAAUAUCCGCCACUUUCCUUCGGUGCCAAAAACAGAAAGCUGUGGGUCGUUUGAUACAGAAUCAGAGGAAUCCAGUAAACUUUCACACCAGCCUGUCAUGCUCUUUCUGCGAGACCCGUACCUGCUGCCAACCGCACACGACGCGUUUUCUAAUGUUGUGAUCGACGGUGUGGUGCAUGGAGUUUUCUACCCCGAUCUUCAUCCAAGGUAGAGCUGAAGAAGAAGAAGAGCUUUCUCUGCAAACAGAGGCUUCAUAUACAUAUAUAUAUGUAUAUAUAUACAUAUAUAUGUAUGUAUUUUUCACGCCAUUUUCGGUGUACAUCAGCACGGACCUAACAUGUUAAAAAUGCACUGACUGAGCCUGACACUAUAUUACCUGAAGUGUAUAAGAAACAUCGGAACAUCGCUUAUGUUACAUAUUUUCAAACUUAAAAACACAACGUCCUGUACUGACCAUCACAUUUACCUGUUGUUAUUAUUCAGUGUUUCCUUGAAUGUAGUUAAUAAUUAUGUCAGCUACAAAAAUUCACUAAACGAAACACUGAAGUCGAGUUAAACUAGGUGAAAACUUGUAUAAUCAUAAUCAAGAAAACAAAAUCACAAUAACUCUUGUAACAUUUUGUGUAUUAUGCAAAUAUAAAUAAGAAGGGAGUAUUAUUAUCAUUAUUAUUAUUAUUAUUAUUAUUUUUAGUUUUGGCUCCAGCAGUGGCUGAUGUCAUACGAGUUGGACUCAGUUUGUGAGGACACAGCACAGAGAGCGGAGCUGGAUGAUAAACAGCGAAGUGCCAACUCAUCAGCCUGUGUUUAGCUGUCAGGCAGAGCCAGCUGAAGGAAGUGCAGUGGGUCAACGUGGAGAGUUUUUUCUUGGUGGAGCUGACGACAGCGUCAGUCACAUGAUGAGGUGGAAAUUUGGGUUUUUUUGUAGGAGGCCGUGGCAGCGACUACAGGCCUCCGUCACCGGGCACCUGAUCUGUGAGACGCAGCAUCUUUAACACGUGCAAGUUCAGAGUGAGUUUGUGUCCCCAAAUUUAACAAAAUAAAUAUUUGUCAUUAUACAAGAUACCUUCAGUGGAGAAACUAGAUGUUGAUGUAGCAUUUAAAGAGGAUUAUUUCCUCCUCUGAACUUGCUUAUCUUCCUCUGAAGCUCUGCCCACGUGAAAUAUGAGGAAGAAGCGAAGCCGGGAGAUAUUUAUUGGAACUAAUCACAGAGUUUGAACUGCUCUCUCACAACACACACACACACACAACCUCUCUCUUACUUGGACUGUGAGGGGGGUAAGAAACCAGCUUCACUCUGCACAAAUAUGGUCUUUGCACUGUUGUAGAUUUUUCACAUCAAGUUGAAAUUCAGUACAGGAUUGGGAAAAUGACUUCUAAAAGUUGUUCAUGGUCAGUAUCAAACACUAAAGCUAGUCAUCUAAUUUUGAAUUUAUUCAGGUCAGUUUUUUAAAAAGGGAUGUGUGAGGAAGGCGUUGACCUCAAAUAGAGCCUGUAUAAUAGAACUGUGCAAUAUGACGACAUGAACAAGACCGUGUUUAGUUCGUUCCCUGUUUUAUUAACGAUAAAUGUGAGUCAUCUCUUAUUGUGAUCACUGUAAAUGUGUUGCAUGUCACAUCACGGGCAGAACUAACACUCAUCUGAGCUGCUGUCAGUGUCUUCUCAUGUGACUUGUGACCUCCACUACAGCACGACGAUAACUGCACAUCGAAGUUUUAAUGAAUGAAUCUUGUGCAGCCGACCUCUGCUAGACAUGGUUUUAUGUUUUGUGACACUCGACAUGGUCCUACUCGUCCAUUUUGUAGAUCUAUUUGUUUAUAUGACGUGACAUUGUGCGCCUCGUGCUCUGAUUAUGUGAAAAGUAUCGUUAAAGUGCCAUAAUAUAUAUAAACCUACAGAAGUUCAACUGUAGUACUUUAAAAUGGGCAAAGUGUAAAAAGACUGACUCCAAUAAAAAUUAAUUUUCAUAAAGCAC